CACCCUUUGGUAGCGGAAUCAGCGUAGAAAUUUGUGAAGAACGAACCCGGACAGGAACAACGAAAGCUUUAUUGUACUUGACGCGGUAUUGUAACGUGAAGUACUGUCCUGUUCGAAAUGGGAUGAAGAGAAAGGUGCCUUAGAUAUGAAAAGAAGUACUAUAUUACAAGAGUUACAUACAGAUCCCAUGGAGUGUAAAACAAUCAAUAUACAAAAUUAACUGCACCGUAUAUUUAAGUAGCAUGAAGGAUACUUGAAGAGGAGAUACGUUGAUCGUUUUCCAAAUGCAAGUGUUUCGGGUCAUCGGCUUCAAGGAACACCUGGACGAUUAUAGCUGCAUAAGCCACUGGUUCUUCGAAAUUUCGACACCAAUCAACCGAAAUAAUAACUGAACAUCGAAGAAACCACUCACGGGACAACCGACUAAAUACUUGUCAUUCUACGCCAUGACCAGUGACUUGGAUCUGUAAUCACUGCCAUGUCUGAAUUGUGCGAUGACUCGAAUGGGAGAGAUCGAUCGAGGUUAACUCGUCAGUUCCACCAGUGACUACUAGUCUCUCGUCGGUGCUUUAACAGAGAGAUUCACCUCCACCCCGCGAGGAUACUUCUUAUAAUAGCAAUAUGGUUCUAUAUACAUAAACUGGGAUACUCGGGAAUUCAAAAUUACCAAGGUUUUAAAGAUAUGACGCAUCAUGAAAACAUUGAAAUCAGGAUAGUUAAUUUGUAUCUAAUGAUACCGAUCGAAAAGGUUACACUUAAAUCAAUAAACAGGAACAGGGCUGCAUCGUUCCCAGUGCAAGCUGUAUUCGGCGGAAGAAGAGGAGCUCAUCCCGUCGAAAACGAUCGGCUCGAUAUUCGAUUGAUUUUCGUUCCCCUACCUGUGAACCUGGACACGAACGGGACAAGUGGUGGGGUGUCGUGGCACGGGUAGCGACGGUAUCGAGAACACUGUGGAAACAGAACGUUACCAUUCUUUGGGUGCAGAUCAACGCGCGGCUCGCAUUUUUAGUUUAGGAAUAGGCUGUCGAAUCGGAGCGCGGUUUGGCGACUGCAAGAGACACCUGUUGCGCCGUCGAGUAAAUCAGCAACCGCGAAACACGAACAGGAGGAUAGGAUGCGCCAUUCGAAUGUGUUCAAACGUUACGAAUUGUACGUCAAGCGACGACGAGAUCAUUGACAGUUCUCAUCGAUCCGGUGAACAGGGAAGAACUCAAAUUUACUUGGAAUCAAAAAACGGUGGAUGAAAGUGUUGGGUGCACAGGGUGCAUCGAGCGUGAAAGACGACGGGAGUUCCGAAUCGAGUACGUUUCAUCGAGCGCGAGAGCUGCGAAAUAAGCGACUGUCAGCAAGAGUCAGGCAAGCGUUUUGCAAGUGUCGACGUCUAAGGAAACUGAAAAAAUGUCGAAGUCGUUAAGGUUGGAAGACGAUCAACGAUUCGCGUUAAUGAAAUUUAGGCGGUUGGUUCAAAACAUUCUGCAACCGCAUCACGAUGAUCACUUUCUACUACGUUGGCUCAGAGCCAGAAAAUGGGAUCCAGCAGCAGCGGAGAAGAUGCUCCAAGAUUCCCUGGAAUGGCGAAAACAAUGGGAAGUCGAAAAGUUAGCUGAAUGGGAUCCUCCUCAAAUUUUGAAAGACCAUUUACCUCAUGGUUUAUGUGGCUUCGAUAAGGAUGGAGCUCCUGUUAUCGUCGUGUAUUUUGAUGCACUUGAUAUGUAUGGUAUUUUACAUGUCGUUUCAAGAAGGGACAUGAUACGAAUUACCAUAAAAUGCCUUGAAGAGUAUCUGGAAUUGUGCAGGGAACAGAUGGAGAAACAUGGACCGGCUGCUGGACAAGUAGUUGUGAUCUUUGACAUGCAAGGUUUUAAUUUAAGGCAGUAUCUAUGGAGACCAGCCGGAGAAGUUGUCAUAACUUUGAUUCAAAUGUACGAGGCUAAUUAUCCUGAAAUUCUAAAGACUUGUUACAUUAUUAAUGCUCCAAAGGUGUUUGCUUUUGCAUUCUCAGUUGCCAAAAGAUUCAUGAACGAAUACACAUUGUCUAAGAUUCAAAUAUACAAAGCUGACCCUCCGAAAUGGCAAUCAGCCAUAUUUAGUAACAUUGCAAAAGACCAAGUACCUGCUUACUUUGGAGGUACCUUAAAAGAUCCUGAUGGUAAUCCAAAACUUGGAACAAAGAUCUGCCUUGGUGGUAAAAUUGCAAAAGAAAUGUACGUCAAUAAUGCGGAUAGGGAUAAUCAGAAUUAUACAACAGUGACGAUUCGAAAAGGUGGUAAAUUAGAACUUGAUAUGUCGGCAUCUGAAAUGGGAUCUCUAUUGAGUUGGGAAUUUCGAACCGAGGAUCAUGAUAUUAGAUUCGGUAUUUUGAAAAAGGACACAAAUGGAACAAAGAAAGAAGUUAUCCCUAUGAAACGCGUAGCCGCUCAUCAAUUAGAAGAAAUUGGAAUCCUGACCUGUGAAGUACCUGCCACGUAUUCCGUCGUUUUUGAUAACAGUUACAGCAUUCUGAGAAAUAAGAAAAUUCAUUACUCCAUACGAGUUAUACCGCCGGCAAUUUCCCAAGAAAUAACACCAGCUACUUCUUAAUAAAAGCAACAAACAGGGAGAGGAGAAAAGCAAUGUGUAAGAAAUACAUUCCUUAGGGCAUAAUUAGCACGCAAGGAAAAUGAUGGUCUUAUGUUACUAUUACAUUCUGUAUUUAUACCUAAGUAUCAAAAAUCAUUCCAGAAAAUUUUUACAAAUUUUAUAAAUUUUACUUAUUCAUUACAGAUGUAGCGUUCCAUUUAUGGUAACUGUAAUACUAUCAUUAUAUUUACACAUGCAUUGCAAUUAAUUACAUAUAUGUUUACCAUAAAGGUAGGAGGAACAUUUGUGAAAAAAAGAAAAAAAA